AUGCCCAAAGCUAUGGGGGAUGUCGUACUACCCCUAGCGGCAGAAGAGCCUAGCAUGGCCCGGGCCUUGGUCCGAAGUGUGGGUGGCUUCACCCUGGGCUUGUCCCUGGCCACGGCCUAUGGACUCCUGGAGCUGCUGGUGGAGGGCCAUAGCCCCUGGGCCUGCCUGGUGGGCACAGUCACGCUGGCUGCCUUUCUUAGCCUGGGCAUGGGGUUCUCCCGCCAAAUCCGAGCCACUGUCUUUCUGAUGCUUCCCCAGGCCUUCUCCAGGCAUGGCCGGAUGCUGCUGUUGGUGGCUGCCUUUGGGUUGGUGCUCCAAGGGCCUUGUGCCAACACUCUGCACAACUUCUCCCAGGCCAGUGAGGCUGUGGCGUGUGGGGCAGAGCUGGCUUUGAACCAGACUGCGGAGGUGCUGGAGCAGGCCAGGCAACCCCUCGUCAGUGCUCUGAACAAGAUUAAAGCUAUUGCCCGCCAGGCCAAAGUGGUGGCUGACCGGAUCCGCAAGUUCUUUCGCUCAAUCAUGGACGGCGUGAAGCACGUGGCCAGGGCCCUGAGGAAUGUGUGGUAUUGGCUCCUCCACAUUGGUGACGUCUGCAACUCAGAGCUGGGCAACCCUUACUCGAAGUGUGCGCGGGUUUUUGAUAACGCCAAAGACAACUGCAUGAAGAUCAUACCACAAGCCUACCACCUGUGUUACACGCUCGUACCCUUCAAAUUGGUGCUGUGUGGACUCGCCAGCUUGGUCCAGGUGUUCUGCAUCAUCCCCAAGUACAUCCAGCCCUUCUUGCGCAAGACCAUCGGCACCCCUGUGAUGAAGCUGAUUAACCGGGUCCGUCAGGAGUUUGAGUUCAACAUGACAGUCACCCACUACUUCUCCGUGGAUCUCAAUGCCUCUCGGAGCCUCUCCCAAGUGGCUCUGGACCUCCAUGAGGCCAUCAGCCUGAAGCUGCAUGGCUUCCGUGAGGUCCUGGCUCUGAUGGGCUACGCCGUGCCUCUGCUCUUCACACUCCUCUACCUCCAAGCCCUGUUUUAUUGGUAUGCCUACCUGAACUGGAAUGAUUUCGACAACAUCUACAUCACCAGAUGCUUCCUGCGCAUGGAGGCUAUCCGCUCCCUGGCAGGGCUGCCCACAGUGCUGCCGCUCAGUGCCCACGAAGCCAGACAUUACAUCCAGCCUGGCCCUGUGUUAGUGUCCAUAACUGUGGACGGGACAGGAUACACUGGGAAUAUUUUACGAGACCUGGUGUCAGCUUUCGAUGUCCUACAGCAAGGCAAUGUCAGCAUCCUGUCCCAGCGCUGCCUCCUGCAGCCCUCAGAGCCAGACUCCACCAGUUAUAUAGUCAUAGGCGUCAUGUAUGGCCUGUGUUUCUUUGUCACUCUGUGUGGUGGAUAUGUCAGCCGGCUUCGGCGGGUCAUCUGCGCCUCCUACUACCCAUCCCGUGAGCAGGAAAGGAUCUCCUACCUCUACAACGUACUUCUAAGCCGGCGAACUAACCCGCUGGCCGCCCUGCAACGAACAGUGAGGCGCCGGGCAGCUGACCAGGACCACGUGAGUGCCUUCCAGGAGCUGGCCAUGUGGUGCCCAUGGCUGAGACCAUUUAUCAGGCAAUUUCAGUUGCACCAGACCUACUGCUUGGGCUGUGGUCAGCCUCCAGAGAAAGGGGACCCAGAAAGCUUCGUGCACUGUGGCACCCCAGGGUGCCAAGGUCGUUACUGCCAGGGCUGCUACCGCCUCCUGGGCAGCACCUGCUUCGUGUGUGCCACUCCUCUCUCUUAUCAGAGGGACCUAGACGUAGAGCUGGACUCCAGUGAUGAAGAGGGCUCCCAGGGAUGGCUGGUUGCUGCUGGAAAGAGGGCCACUGAGGAGCAACCAAUCCUGCAGUGGCAGCUCCGGGAAGCGCUGGACAGCAGCCGCUCAGAGGAGUCUGGCUCUGGGUCCAGGUGA